UAACCGCCGCCCGACGGUUUUCCCUCCUGGCCUAUCAGCUCCCGCCUCUCCUAUAACUGGCCAAUCAGCUCUGGCGAGCCGGCCGGGGCGGCCGCUGAGUGGCCCUCAGGCGCUGCGAUGUCACAGAUAGGAAAGGCGGGGCCAAGGCCGUACUGGUCUGGGCUGCGACCCCUUCCUCCUGACGCCCCUAACCGCCCCACGCCGGGCAUGCGCCGAUAGGAGAGAUUUACGAAUAGUGUUUUGGCAUCAUGGAACGUGUAGAUUGUACUUUAACGGCAACUUACGCCCACCCUAGACCAACACCAACCAACUUUCUACCAGCCAUCAGUACCACGGCCUCAAGCUACAGGGACCACUUUCCCCACUCCAAUUUGACCCGUAGCCUGAGCCUUCCUUGGAGACUGAGCACAUAAUACAAAGUCACCUCCAAUUCCCCAAGCGUGGCCCCGUACUGCACCAUAUCAUAGAGGGUGUCCGAGAAUACCACGCUUCCCUUUGUUUCCAACAGAACCACUUUCUUCCCAAGAUACACACCGGAUGACUGGUACAGGUCCAAUUUAACCAACUAUCAAGAGUCCAACACUUCCCGACAUAAUUCGGAGAAACUAAGAGUGGAUACAUCUCGCCUGAUUCAAGACAAAUAUCAACAAACAAGAAAAACCCAGGCAGACACAACCCAAAAUCUGGGAGAACGUGUCAAUGACAUAGGGUUUUGGAAAUCUGAAAUCAUUCAUGAGUUGGAUGAAAUGAUUGGAGAGACAAAUGCACUUACUGAUGUGAAGAAAAGACUGGAGCGGGCUUUGAUGGAGACUGAAGCCCCUCUUCAGGUAGCCCAAGAAUGUCUGUUUCAGCGAGAAAAGAGAAUGGGAAUCAAUCUAGUUCAUGAUGAAGUUGAAAAACAUCUUCUAACAGAAGUUGAUACUAUUCUGUGUUGUCAAGAAACAAUGAAGCUACAUUUGGAUAAGGCUAUUGCCCAACUUGCGGAAGUGGCCGACAGAGCGUCCCAGCAUGAGCUGGAGAACGACCUGAGUGACAAACAGAUGGCUUACCAGAUCGACAACAAAUGCCACCACAUGCACAACACGUCAGAUGGUGUUGGCUACUUCCGCGGAGUGGAGAGGGUCAAUGCAACUGUCUCAGUGCCCGAGUCCUGGGCCAAAUUUACAGAUGACAAUAUUUUCCACUCCCAGAGUGAAUGUGCAACUUCCACUAAGCUUCUGGAUGACAUUGAAAACCUCUUGGUUGUGACUGCCAAUGAGGUGUGGAGUCAAUUCAACAAAGUGAACUUGUCUUUCACCAAUCGCAUUGCUGAGACUGCAGAUGCUAAGAAUAAGAUUCAGAUGCACUUGGCAAAGACCAAGCCGGUGGUUUUCCAGACUGAAAGCGCCAUAGAAUCCAUCAAGAAGGCCAUCAAGGACAAGACUGCCUUCCUGAAGGUGGCUCAGACCAGACUGGACGAGCGUACGCGGUGGCCGAUCAUUGAGUUGUGCGGAGACAUGGCUCAGCUACGCCUUGUUAACGAGGUACACGAGGUUGACGACACCAUCCAGACCCUGCAGCAGCGCCUGAGGGAUGCAGAGGACACCCUGCAGUCGCUGGUCCACACCAAAGCCAUCCUCGAGUGUGAUCUGGCUGUCAAAGCCAAUUCCCUGUACAUUGACCAGGAAAAAUGCAUGAGCAUGUGCAAGAGCUACCACACCCUCCGGCUAGUCGGCUUCUGCUGGGGACCCCACCGGGUGUGGUUUUGAUAACCCUAAGUUAAGGCUGAGCCAGAGCACUGUCUCAGCAUUUGAACCAAGUGCUAAUAUAGUCACUUAUUAAAGGAUUAUGCUGAUGGAAAUGUACCAA